AUGUCAGCGACGCUCUACCCACUGGAGACUAAUGAUAGGCGUGUCACGUCAUGGCUUCCGCUUACAACAGCCUGGCCUUUACCGUCAGGCUGUUCAACAAGCUUUCGCAUUAGUGGUCCUGCACUGAUUGCCUUUGAUCCGGAAUAUAGCCUGGAACGUGACCCCUAUGUGGGAUGUGCUCUACCCGAAAUAAGAGCCUCAUGGCAACAAGCUGCUUUGGAGCAUCCGGACACUUCAAUCAGCCUAGGCCCACUGACCUGCCCUGAUUACCUAUACACUGUGGCAACCUCGGUUAGGGAUGGCUCCAGCACGCUGGCCAUGUGCUGCCCUUCGGAGUAUAUUCGUGAGAACGGAAUCCCAAAUAGCAAGCUAGACGGCGAUUGCCUGUCAGCCGUGGCAUCUAAUAUGGUCCUGACAUUUGGGUCAAGUGCAUCUGAGAACCCGGGGGUUUGGACAAUGGUCACAACUACCUUGCUCACAAGUUCCACAGUCAGGGCAAUUGCAGUAAUGGGAUGGAAUAUCGAGAUCUCCGUACCAGGCAUAAGCAUUACAUCAACCGCGGUAGCGCCAACAACAACCACUGCCGACACUUUCUCUAUGAAUGCCCCGCUUAAAGGCAUUUCGAACAUGAUCAUGCCCUCCUCAGUUAUUACCUCCCGGUCUGAAGAUUUAUCAAUUCUAGCUUCCUUAACUCCAAUACCCGUAUCUUCAACUACCUUGACAGCGCCAUCCUGGACUUUUUCUAGAUCAAUCACAGACUAUGGUCUAUCCCCGGAAGAUAAAGCAGGAAUUGGGGUUGGUGCUGGAGUGGUUGCUAUUGGAUUGGGUGUUUUGGUGGUGGCUAUCUGCAUCCUGGUACGAAAGCAGCGACGUUCUUUGAUGCGCAGACCGCCGCCUCCCCACAGCUUGUGA